GAUCACGACCGAAACGAACAAUCCGAACCGACUCGUCAAAAUCAGCCAAUAUGCCUUCCGAAGUCUCCGACAUCAAGCAGUUCAUCGAGAUCUGCAGGCGCAAGGACGCUAAGUCUGCCCGCAUAAAGAAGAACAAGAAGGUCAACAACAUCAAGUUCAAGGUCCGAUGCUCAAAGAACGUCUACACCCUCGUUCUUAAGGACACCGACAAGGCCGAGAAGCUGAAGCAGAGUCUGCCCCCGGGUCUUACCAUCUCCGACGUUGGCAAGAAGAACCCCAAGGGCAAGCACGCCGCAUAAAUGGAGCCACGACGGUGAGGAGGCAGAUGAGGAAACUGAGUGCGAGGUGAAGAAGUCAGCGCACGAAGUACGACUGGCAUGGCAUGAGCGGACGGGCGUCAAACGGAUAACCUUUCUUCAAUGGCAUACCGAACCUCGUAAAAGAGAGUUCACCAGGAAUGAAAAAGUCAAACUU